AAGAAAUAAGCUUAUGCGACAAUCUUGCACUCUGCUCAAGGUUAUGUCUGUGGAGCCACUGCAGCUGCACAAAGCAUUCGAAUGUCUGGCUCUACUCACGAUCUUGUCAUACUCGUCGAUGAUUCCAUAACCGAACACCAUAGAAACGGUUUGGAAUCUGCUGGAUGGAAGAUUCAGAUGUUUCAAAGAAUCAGAAACCCAAAAGUUAAACCAAACACAUACAACGAAUGGAACUACAGUAAGUUCUGUCUUUGGCAACUGUCUGAAUACGACAAGAUCAUCUUUGUGGAUGCAGACAUGCUUAUACUUCGAAACAUCUACUUCCUCUUCGAGUUCCCUGAGAUAUCAGCGAUGGGAAACGACGCUACGCUCUUCAACUCCGGUUUAAUGGUGGUUGAACCAUCCAACGUAACGUUCAAGCUACUUAUGGAUCACAUGGACGAAGUUGUGUCUUACAAUGGUGGAGAUCAAGGUUACCUCAAAGAGAUAUUCACAUGGUGGCAUCAUAUUCCAAAGCACAUGAAUUUCUUGAAACAUUUUUGGGCAGGUGACAAGCCUAAGAUCAAUAGGUUGAAGACGAAGCUGUUUGGUUUUGAUCCUCCGGUUCUGUACGUUGUUCAUUACUUAGGUUAUAACAAGCCAUGGUUAUGCUUUAGGGACUAUGACUGCAACUGGAACGUUGAAGGUUACCAUCAGUUCGCGAGUGAUGAAGCGCAUAAGACUUGGUGGAGAGUUCACGACGCGAUGCCUGAGAGUUUGCAGAGGUUUUGUUUACUGAGGUCGGAGCAGAAGGCGAAGCUUGAUUGGGAUAGGAGACAAACGGAUAAAGGGAAGUACAUAGAUGGACAUUGGAAGAUUAAGAUUGAAGAUAAUAGACUUGAGACUUGCUUUGAAACAUUUUGUAACUGGGAGAUUAUGCUUCUCAAUUGGGGUGAGACCAACACCACUGGAAACUCGUCCAUCGCCGCUUCAUCGCCAUCGUUAAAAACUGCCGCAAAAACUUCCCUGUAGUAGUUGUUGUUAGUGUUCUGUUUAUGGUACAAAAUUAUUAGGAAUAGGCGUUUUAAUUACCAGUUCUUAUGAUAAAAUAUUGAGUUAAUUAAGUGUAUGUAUUAGUUCUAAAGUCAUAAUUUUGUAUUAGCAUGUAUUGAGACAACAUCUAUUUUUCAGAUGACUAGGAUUUAGACUAUAGGUAAGAAUGAGAUUAAUUUACCGGAACAGUUCACAAAUAGUAAUUUAAAUAUUAAGUAUUUAUGGUUAUUGAACGCAAAUUUUACUUAAAACAGAGUAUUAUUCUCUCAUUUCGACAUCACCAAAGACAUGGAACCGACACGUGGUAACACAUGACUAGUCUGGACCACUUCUGUGGAUCCAGAAUAACCAUGUAUAAUUAAAAAAAAAAACAGA